ACCCAUUCAUCUUCCACUUUCUCUCUCCGACAAAAAUGGUAACGCUCCGCCAGAGGACGACGGUGGUGACCAGAGAACCUGAGCCGAAGAUGGAAGAAGAACGACUCUGCGAAGACUUAACGAUUCUCUCCUCCGAUUCAGACGAUUCUUCCUCCGAUUCAGCUGUGAAGCACUUGCGUGGACGUUGGGAACUUGCUUCGGUUCUCAAUUUCUUCAAUGUCUUUGGACCACUUGUCUCGGAGAAAUUGAAGUUAACAGCUGAAGAAAUUGAGAUGGGUCUUAUAGAGUCCAACACUACAAAUGCUCAGCUUCACAUUGCUCUUUUGAAGGGGAUACCACCGGUGAAUAAAACGGUAGACGAUGCAAAUGCUUGGAUCACGGUUUUGUGUAAGAAACUUGCUCCAUGGUGGCCAUGGAUUGCUAAGGGUGAAAUUCCUAUUACUGCUAACAAAGGGGAGGAGAUAUCUGAAUACCAACGACUUGACCCUAUUAACCGCCUGAAGAUUCUGAAGGCACUUUGUGAGCUUCGAGUUCAACAAGAUGAUGCUCGUUCGUAUAUUCAAGAAAAUACCAAAGAAGGAGACUGGGAUUCCCGUUUCCGCAAAAGGAAGUUAGGAGGAGAUGGAAAGAAGACGUCUUACUGGUUUGAUGGUAAUGACAUCCAGGGGUACAGAAUAUAUAGGGAAGUCAAUGAAAUCUCAAAGAAGAAUGCUGGCUCGGAUUUAUCUUGUUUGAGCUGGGAAACUGAAGCAACCAAUCUAGAUGAAUUUCAGAGAGUCGCUAGGGAGUUAUCAUCAAGCAAAGCUUCUUCUUUGGCUGCAAUUGGCGGGAUGAUUGAGACAGAAGCUAUACCUGUUGUUGAGAAAUAUCAUAAGAAGAAAGAAAGGGCCAUGAAAAAGAAAAUGAAGCAAGAGAUGGUUGUUAAUGUCAAUUUCUCGCGUACUCUCCGAACUACUCGUUCUUGUCGUAAUCGUAUGCCUGCUACUUACACCUUUGACGAGUAUGACAAGAUGAUCAGUGAUGCCGUGGAAGAAACAGAGGAAACCGAUGGAGAUGAGGUAGAAGGAAGGGAGCAACAAAGUACCUCAUUGGGGUCAAACGACAGUUCUGAAGGUAACAAGAUGAAGUCAACAGAGGAUGAAACACCUGAAAUCAACAAUGAGGAUGAAAAAGAGAAUGAGAAAAGCAAGGAGGACGCAGAGCCAAAGGAAGAAUUCGGUGCCAAAAACAGGUUGAGACAAAGAGUUACCAGGAACUCAGCCAUCUGUUAGUUAAAACCUCAAUGUUGUUGAAGAAAUAGUAUAAAAAGCUUUUGAAGUGUUGUCUGUUGGUGGAGAGACCAAGCUUUUGAUUAGAAGAUUUAGAACUUGGGAGAUAUAUUUUCCAUUUUUGGUAUAUGAUGAUGAUAUACUCCAUUCCUAACAGUGUAGAUUUGACUCUUAUUAUGUAGUAUCUCUUCCAUCUUUGAUGUUAUGGUAAACUAUUUUUAGAAAAAACUUUAGGUCUUUGA